GCAGUUGAGGAAGACGAGCGCAGUCAACCCAAGCACACACACACAGCCAUGCCGACGUACAGAUUCCGCUACUUCAACCUUAGGGGCCUGGGCGAGGUACCCCGGCUGCUGUUUGCACUGGCGGGACAGGAUUAUGAGGACGUCAGAAUCCCGUCAGAAGCAUGGGCUGCGGAAAAGCCAAACACACCUCUGGGUCAGAUGCCCGUCCUUGACAUUGAUGGGAAACCCUUUUGUCAGAGCAGCGCCAUAUCCAGAUACCUUGCAAAGACAUUUGGUUUCUAUGGUAACGGCGAUCUGGAAGCCCUACAAGUGGAUCAAGCUCUGGGUGUCGUCCAAGACGUCAUCACUGCCUUCUUGAAAAGUAAAUUCGAGAAGGACGCCGCCAAGCAGGCGGAGUUGAUGAAGGAGAUGAAGGAGGUGAAAAUACCGCUGUAUUUCGGGAUGUUUGAGAAGCUACUGAAGAACAAUGGCAGUACUGGUUAUUUUGUGGGCAAGAAGAUCAGUCUUGCUGACGUCAGUCUGUUUGAUCUCUGUGAUAAAGUCCAGCCAGUGGUCAAGUUGGCAGACUAUCCUCUGGUUAAAAAGUGCAACGAGAACGUGGGUGACAACCCUAAAAUCAAAGCAUGGGUUAAGAAACGCCCAGUUACAGACUUUUGAUGUGAGACUCAUGGACAUUUACAAGUGACAAGUACUUGGUACUUAGUACUAGUGUUUAUAUAAACAACAUAAGUGUAAUACUAUUUAAAAGAUAGAAGAAUUCGUCACGAUUUAAUUCGUCUAUUUAUUAUAGAAUAUUGUAUUUUUAAUAAUACAAAGAAGAUAUCUGUGUU